CUUCGUGACGUCGCCGACUGAGCAGUUGCCAGGAACGCGCGUUAUGAAGAGGGCUCCGGUCACGUGGUGCGCGCUGAUUGACAGCUGUGCGCUGGAGGCGAAGACAAGACUAGAAGCGAGGCGGGUGCGUGAGGCAGUGUCUGCGCCAGCGGUCUCUUCUAUCUCCCUUGGUGGUUUCUCCGCGGAAAGCUGAGGUGACAGUUCUUGCGGCGCUUUUUAUCAGCUUUUUGCCUUGUUUUGGGAUCCUUUGUACUGAGCGGGGACCUUCUGUGAAGUGGACUUGCGGGAGGGAGUUGUUUCUCACUCUGGUUCGGAAAGUUUGUGGUUCAGAACCAAGAAAAACCCGUAAGGCAAGGGUGCUUCCCUGCAUUCUACUGAGCUCCAGCCGAGUUAAAGGAAAUCGAUUUACAGAUGCUGGAAGAUGCUAACUUCAGAGAAAGGAGUUGUAGAGGAAUGGUUAUCAGAAUUUAAGACGUUGCCCGAGGCAUCUAUAUCCAGUUAUGCUUCUGGCUUGAAAAACAAGAUUUCUCUAGUAUCGGCACUGUAUGAAGUCAUUCAGAAGCCUCAGAGUGAGUUGCUGGAGCCUGUCUGCCACCAGCUCUUUGAGUUCUAUCGGAGCAAAGAGAAAUGUCUCGGGACAUUCACCCUUCAGUUUUUGCCAGAGCUCAUAUGGUGCUACCUUUCCAUGUCUUCUAGCAGAGAACUACAGAGCUGCGGAUGUAUCGAGGCUCUUCUUCUCAGUAUCUACAAUCUGGAAAUAAUGGAUGAACAGGGGCACAGCAAGAUCUUGUCAUUUACUAUCCCAUCCUUGUCUAAGCCAUCUGUGUAUCAUGAGCCUUCCAGCAUCGGUUCUAUGGCAUUAACUGAAGGAGCACUGUCGCAGCAUGGGCUUACACGAGUUGUAUACAGUGGCCCUCAUCCCCAGAGGGAGAUGCUGACUGCACAGAACAGGUUCGAGGUGCUGUCAUUUCUUCUGCUUUGUUAUAACUCUGUUUUAAAUGACAUGCCUGCUCUCUCCCUUCUGUCCCUGUGUCAGAUGUGUUCACGGCUUUGUGUGUGUGGAUACCCUCGCCAGAAUGCAAGAAAAUACCAAGGGAUUAAGAACAGAAUACCAAUAUCCUCAGAGUUCAUGGUUCAACUUCUGACUGGAAUUUAUUACUCAUUUUACAAUGGCGAGUGGGAUGCAGCCCGCAGAGCCUUGGAUGAUGUUCUGUAUCGUGCACAGCUGGAACUUCUUCCAGAGCCUCUUUUGCUUGCUAAUGCAAUAAAAGCAUCACUGCCUCAAGGAGCACUGAAGGGAAAUAAAGAAGGCAGCCGGUGUAUCCAGGUGGAGAUCACUCCAACUUCAUCCAGAAUAUCACGUAAUGCAGUUACUAGCAUGUCUAUUAGAGGCCAUCGCUGGAAGAGGCACGACUCAGCAGAUUUAACAGGCCAGGAUGAGCUGGCAGAAAUAUCUGAGGUUUCUGAAGGAUUUAGCCCCAGGGCUGCAUCUAACACAAGUCAGACAGCCUUAUCUCAUAGCAACAGCAACAGCUUCAGCAAGCCACCCUUUGGGAAGCCCCAGAGAAGGUCUCUUGGAAGCCGAAUAGGGGGGAAAGAAAAGGAAUCUGCUGGAGAUUCUUGCCGGGAACAUCUCAGCAGAAAGCAGAACCAGAGGGCCCUGAGUGAGAACCUGGAAUUAGUUUCUAUGAAGAGAUUGACUCUGACAACCAGUCAGUCUCUGCCCAAGCCUGGUAGCCAUAGUCUUGCAAGAACUGCAACUGCUGUUUUUAGUAAAUCGUUUGAGCAGAUGAGUGGCGCAUCGGCAGCAGCUAAUAAUCCUGUACAUGGAAACAGCACUGGUGCCGGAGUCAGCACAGAGACAAAUAGGUUUAGUGCGUGCAGUCUACAGGAGGAAAAGCUAAUAUAUAUUUCAGAGAGGACCGAGCUCUCAGUGCCCAGUAGACACCAGCAAAACCAGCCAAGAUCCCCUAGUAUCUGCAUAACACUAUCUUCAGACUAAUGCAAAAACAGCUGUCAGGAUUGAAGAUCAUAGGAAUCCCUGUUCUGCAUCAUUCAUAUCUGGCAUUACCAGUGCUCUGAGACUAUACUACCAGGGGCAUUCACAGGCUUUUACUCUGAACUUUAUCCACUUUGUUAACAGAAUUAAACCUUAACUUAUUUUUAUAGUUCUUUUAAGAUCAGCCAUAUAAUUGUUAUACCUUGUUGCCCAUAGGUGCAUCGACAGCACUUACAUGUGGCCAUCUGCAUUUUGCCAAAGAACCCUGCAAUGCAGUGUCUUUGUGAUCUCUUCAGACCUCAAGAGAACAUGUCCUGCUCCACAGGGGUGGAUUGCGUGCAGUCUGCUCAUGGGCAAUGCCUCCAUUUCUGUUUAGAAUACAUCUACCUAUGUUGCCUGAUAGCCAAUGACAACUUUAAAGGAAGCAGAUGUGUUUAACAUAGUUAGCUUUAGGGUGCAGACACCAUAUCCGUUUCUCUCAUAUAACUGUAAAUAGAACAAUGCAUGUGCUUUUUUUUUCUUGUUUCUUUUUUGCUAAGGACUGCUAAAUAACCGUCUUUUUUACUGUCUAACAUUAACAGUGCCAUCUGCUGGUCCAGUCAGCUGAUCAGUUUGAUGGUAUGGGCACACAAAACCAGUACCGUUCAUAUCACACACAUUAUAACAUUGACAACCAGCAUAAAAUGUUGUAAGGUAAAUUGUUUGUGAUGUAAAUAGUUUGUAUUUUACAGCAUGUUGUAUGUUUUUGAUUGUUUUUAAAGAAUAUAAAUGGCAUAUUUUUAUAA